CAUAGACCUGUCAAACAACACACGCCAUCUUGACAGCACCCUCAAAAUGGCAGAAAGAUGUGAGAUAGAAACCGAGUCCACACCAAGAUUCCUGCUUUCUGUUAUUUAAAACCAGACACGCCAGUUCUUCCAGAAACGAGUGGUUAUGGGGUUGGUGCCCAGCGCGGCAGCACAGAGCCUGUAAAAUGGACAUAACGACGGCGGUUUUCAACGCGGCCAGAGAUGGUAAGCUAAAACUUAUCCAGAAGUUGCUGAGCAACAAAACUCCUGAGGAACUGGAGGCUUUAGCCGAGGAGAAAACACAAGGAGGCACCCCUCUGUUGAUAGCUUCUCGAUACGGACAUUUAGAGGUUGUGGAUUACCUCCUUGAACACUGUAAAGCAAAUGUUGAGCUCGGGGGGGCGGUUAACUUUGACGGCGAGACCAUCGAGGGGGCUCCGCCGCUGUGGGCGGCUUCGGCAGCCGGUCACCUACCUGUGGUUAAGACGCUACUGAAACACGGUGCCUCAGUGAACAACGCAACACUAACUAACUCAACGCCGCUCCGAGCUGCCUGCUUUGACGGUCACCUGGAGAUCGUCCGCUACCUGGUGGAGCACAGAGCCGACAUGGAGGUUGCCAACCGCCACGGCCACACCUGCCUCAUGAUCUCCUGCUACAAGGGCCACAAGGAGAUAGCCAAGUUCCUGCUGGACCGUGGUGCUGAUGUCAACCGCAAGAGUGUGAAAGGAAACACCGCCCUGCACGACUGUGCUGAGUCCGGCAGUCUGGACAUCAUGAAGAUGCUGCUAAAGUGCAAUGCCCGCAUGGAGAGAGAUGGAUAUGGCAUGACCCCACUCCUCGCUGCAAGUGUAACAGGUCACACCAACAUUGUGGAGUAUCUCGCCCACCAGCCUCGCACCUCCAGAGAGGAACGCGUUGAUGCACUUGAACUCCUUGGGGCUACUUUUGUGGACAAAAAGCGGGACCUCUUGGGGGCGAUGAGGUACUGGAGAAGGGCUAUGGAGCUGAGGCACCCAGGGGACAAAGCUGGAUCCCUGGCCAAGCCUCCACCUGGUCCCCCGAUCCCUGCCUAUGGCUGUGCACAGGAGGUGACCACAGCAGAGGAACUGGAAGCUUUGAUAACAGACCCAGAUGAAAUGAGGAUGCAGGCUUUGUUAGUUCGAGAGCGCAUCCUGGGGCCAUCCCACCCAGACACCUCUUAUUACAUCCGCUACAGGGGAGCUGUGUAUGCUGACUCAGGCAACUUUGAGCGCUGCAUCAGCCUGUGGAAAUAUGCUUUAGACAUGCAGCAGAGCAAUCUGGACCCUCUCAGUCCCAUGACAGCCUCCAGUUUCCUGUCCUUUGCAGAGCUUUUCUCUUUUGUUCUUCAAGACCGGGCCAAAGGCACCUUGUCAACGCGCAUCACCUUUCAUGAUCUGAUGACCGUGCUGGGCAAAAGCGUGAGGGAGGUAGAGAGAGCUGUGGCGCAGAGGGACAACCCUCCAGAAGCUCCUCAGUUCACCAAGGCCCUUUCCAUCAUCCUUCACUUAAUCUUUCUGCUGGAGAAGCUGGAGUGCAGCCCUGAGCAGGAGCACCAGAAGAAGCACACAGUUUACCGUUUGCUAAAGCUGAACCCUCGAGGUCGGAGCAGCUUCACUCCUCUCCACAUGGCUGUAGACAAGGAAACCACGUCUGUGGGCCGCUACCCGGUCGGCCGCUUCCCCUCCCAGGCGGUGGCAGCGCUGCUCCUAGAGUGCGGUGCAGACGUCGAUUCACGUGACUGUGAGAACAACACGCCGCUGCACAUUGCGGCAAACAAUGGUUGUCCAGAAAUUAUGGCACUACUUAUGAAGGCUGGGGCUCACUUUGAUGCCACAAAUGCACAGAGGAAGACAGCCUACGAGCUGUUGGAUGAGCAGAGUAGCGGGCACCCAGCCCUCUACCCGCUGAACUACGUCACCCUUCAGUGCCUGGCGGCGCGUGCAAUUGAAAAGCACAGACUGCCCUACAGGGGCCUCAUCUCUGAGGAGAUGGAGGCUUUCAUUGAGCUGCACUGACUUCCACUAUCUCACCUGACGAGGAACCCCUGCACUACUCUUCCUGUUGUCCUCCAUACUUUACUGUGACCUGCCACAAAUGUCCUCCACAUCACUCUCUUCAUCUUUGUCUCCUUUUGACUCCCGCUUUGCUCCUGGUCCUACCAACCCUGGACAGACCAAAUCAUAGCAAUAAACAUCCAGCCUCUGUGCUUAAAUCUCUGGCUGAGAUCUGGUCAGUUAUUGCUUUAUUCUAACGUUAAGUCACGUAGACUUUUAAAGUGAUUGUCUGUUUCUACUGGUAUUUAAAGCUGGAUGAAACAUCAGUUUCUCCCUCUAAAAAUGAGAGUUACAGUAUGAUGGUGCAUGUGUGUUUGAUGGUGGCUGAACUGAAUGAAAGAUGGGUUUUAGUGUUACUGAUAUGAAGCAUCCGAUCAAACUAGCCAGAUAACAUGCAUGAAAAUGAAGAGUGAAUACGAUAGCUCACUUGUUCUUUUUACAUAUUCAUUCAGAAAGGAUGUGUUUGAACAAACUCACAAACCCAAACUUGCUUGCUGGUAAUUUAUUCCUGGUUCUACAUGUUCCCAUAUACCAUUUGCCAUGCUUCUUUGAUAUGAGAAGGUGAUGAAUUUACUGUGCCAAAUAUCAGCAAUGGAGCUACAUUCUGUUACAGACUGAAAACGGGUGGCAAAAUGAAAAAGCAAUUAACUUCCAAAUUAUAAGCAGACGUAAUAACCCAAAGUGGGGACAUUCAUGAAACUCCUAGUUCCAGAAGAUCAGCAGCUCGAGUUGUUUGAUCAUUCAGACUGUAACAUGAUUUGACAGCAUGCCGAGCCAUCAGCCAUCAUUUGAAAGAUUUUUAUGAGAUUGAAGAUGAGUGGUAAAAAGAGCUGGUACCAUUGUUUGGCUAACACUCCCCAGUCUCCACACAGAUGUUUGUAACCUAUGCAGUUUGUGAUAUUCCUGUCAGAAGCAGCAUUUUUCAAGCAAACAUGGGAUGUUACAUGGGAUUAUUCUUCAAUUUUACAUGCUUAUCUUAACAUGGUAAAAAGUGGAAUCUGGGGCUGCUUCACUGACCAUGAAUUUGUAUCUUCUGAAUUUAUGAACUAAGAAUGUUUUCUUAAAAUUUCUGUUGAUGUCCAAAUGAAUAAUGUCAAGCUAGAGUCUAAACUGUGCCUACAUCCCUGUACUUCUGGAUAAUGUCACCACUAAUGGAGAUAUUCAAUUCAAUGUCAAAGAAGCAGCUUCGGAAGUAGGACGUUUGUGGUGAUAACAACAGAGCUUACACCCUCCUGUUUAUAUCCAUCGGGAAAGUCUCAUAAGUUACCUGUCCAAAUUCAUGUUUUAAUUCUGUUUUGGAGUGAAUUUUCCCUUUAACCUCAGAUGCAGUUCACAGAAAUGGAACGGAUUGCUCUCCGGCCGUUCCUGCAUCUUAGUCUUAUUUUUAAUAGUCUCUCUUUUGUUUAUCUUGUGUUAUCAUGAAUGUUUUAUUAGUCUGUCUGUGCUAAGCUCCACCAAGUUGAAUGCACACUGAGAGGCUCCAUACAUCCUAAAUAGACAACAUACAUUCAGGCUAUGAACUGUUGCUGCCUAUGUCUUUCUCAACUGAUUUCUUUAACUGAUGAUAACUCAAGAACAAAAGUGUGUUGGAGAUACUUGAAUAAAAUUCAGUAUCACAACAGGA